GCGCUAGCUCGCGUUUCUCCCCUUUGGGCCAAACGUCAUGUUGUGGAGAAAACUGCAAUUCUGUCAUUUUGAUAAUAAUAAAUGAACGAUUGAGAAAGCUAAGCCAGUGCGAAACGACCAGGCAGUGGGAAGCAGAAUACUAAACGCAGCGGCUUGAACGAAAAUACAAAAACACCGUGUCGCGUAAUGGCUGGUCUAGUACAGGACUGCUUCUCCAUCGGCAGCACGGUGGAGUGUACGACCUGCUACAAUGCCAACAUCGAGGGCGAGGUGUUGGCGUUCGACCAGCAAACGAAAAUGCUCAUACUAAAAUGUCCGUCGGCAAGUAAAUCAGCAAAACUGAACGACGUCUACAUCGUCAAUCUGGCAAUGUGCAGCGAUGUGCAGGUGAAAAAGGAAGUCUGCAUAGUCCCGGAGCAGCCACUAUCGCUAAACCUCGAGCGCUUGAGCACCCGCGCCAGGAAUCAGGUGGAACAGAAACGGCUUCAGAUAUCCGCGCUUUCCGCCGGUGUCAGUCCCGAGGGUCAGAACCUUUACAUGGCUAUUGCACGCACGAUCAAACAGGUCACCUGGUCCGGUCCAAACAUUGUGGUGUGCAAAGACGUAACGAUAACACCUCCAUACAAAGUAGACAAUGUGAACAGUUCCGACCAGCGGCAGCUGAGCUACGUGAAGAAAAUCGUGGAAAAGCACGAAAACGAUCAAGCCAACAUAAAUCAAAGCACAUCGGCAGCGGACAUAGCUGCCAACUGAUUCUAUCCACGCGCCGGAUGGAGCGAGAGACACCGUGGGUACGACGACGGAUGUCGCGACGGGCGUGAAUGGUGAUGAUCGGACCCCACCGAACAGCCCCGAGGAGAGAGUUUGUACCGCGUGUGCUGGAUGUGGGUGUAUGUUUCGUUUCUUCUUUUUGUUUGUGGCGCGGUACCAACUACCAGACUCUCCCCACGGGGAACGGUGUGCUCCGGUCCAGUGUGUUUGCGGUGAUGAUGGGGUGGUUGCGGUUGUGGCGAAGGGGGGUUUGGACGGCUUGAUGGAUGGCUGGAUUUGGUUAGGCGGUUAGAGAAGAAUAGAAUGAGUAAAAUCACACGAAAACAACAAAAAAAGGUAAUUUUUCCUGUUCAAUUUACGAUACGAUAGAGUCUUUACGUACCGGAAGCCUAUCGGUUCGCAGCUCCGAAAAUCGCGUCGUCCUGGAAACGGGUAACGGUAAAGCAUGAAACACACACUUCCUUUUAAUGGUUUUGUAUUUGUUUAUUUCUUAUCCCUAAUCCUCUUAGCGUCUGCCGCGUCGCGUCGUAAUAAUAAAUAAUACACAUGCUCUUCAUAAAUACUUAUAAAAACUGCUUGCCUUGCGCGCACCGCAGCUAAUGACUAUUUACAUUCGCUGUGAAUGCAUCGUAAUGGGUGUAAUCCCACUGUGCUGUUGUGAUUUCUGGGCUGCUGACAAUACCCAAAGCUUAAAAACAACGCAAAUUUGGAAGUUUACAUAACAUUAACCUGGUAAAAAGCAUUGCGUCUUCCAUUCAAGAUGUAAUCGUAAUUUGCUACAUGUUUCCCAAUCAAUUCUCUCUACGG